GCGCGUUUCAAAAAACGCAUUUACUACGUUUUUGUGUUCUGUAUGAUCCCUGUGAGGUGCCGUAGUCAUCAAAUAUGGCUGCUUCCCAAGAUGUCCACGUCCGAAUCUGUAGCCAAGAAAUAAUAAAAUACGAUCUUGAAAUAAAAGCCCUCAUUCAGGAUAUACGAGAAUGUACAGGACCCCACAGCGAGCUGACAGAAUUAAAUUCAAACGUGAAGGACAAAAUUAAUCAGCUCAGAAUGAGAAUACAGGAUCUGGAGCAAAUGGCUAAAGAACAGGAUAAAGAAUCUGAUAAGCUGGCUCUAUUAAAUGAAAUGGAGAGGCAUCGAAAACAGAUGCUAAGUAAUCAGACAGCGUGGAGGAAGGCAAACCUGUCCUGCAAACUUGCUAUUGAUAACUCAGAAAAGGAUGAUCUUCUGCAAGGUGGGGAUUCUUCAGCAAGGCAAAGAAAAACAACGAAACAGAGCCUGGCUCAAACUUCCAGUGCUAUAACUGAGAGUCUGAUGAGUAUAAGCAGGAUGAUGUCACAGCAGGUCCAUCAGAGUGAGGAAACCGUGGCAACGUUAGCCACUUCGUCCAGGACAGUGCUGGAAACGAAUGAGGAGUUUAAAGCAAUGACUGGAACAAUACAGUUGGGACGAAAGCUCAUCACAAAGUACAACCGAAGGGAGUUCACAGACAAGCUGCUGAUCUUCCUAGCCUUAGCUCUCUUUCUGGCCACAGUUGUGUAUAUAUUGAAAAAAAGGCUCUUCCCAUUCCUAUAGAAAAAAUUCCCACAAAAACCCUACAGCAAAACAAAUUCUCUCGCUAGUGUAAUUGGACUUUGCUAACACAGCACUGUCUUCUCUGUGGUGUUGGUGUAAAACUAGACUUGGUCAUCAAGAUUAUUAUUGAAAGUUUGUCGCUUAUUAUAGACCACCCACUGUUUUUUUUUUGUUUUUUUUAAUUAAGGGUUUGCCAGUUUUACCCUGUACAGGAGACAGAUGGCAAGGGAAAAGCACUUAAUGAAAUGGCUCUGAGAUAGAGGGGAACAUGCAUUUGUGCGUUGAUUGUUGUGGCAAGCAGAUCGCACAAUGGCACUUUUUUAAUUUCAAAAAAUGAGUUUUAAUCUAUUGUUGUGUUGACCACUUCAGCACAACUUUUUUUUUUUAGUAUAGAGUUUCAAUAUAAAACAAAAGUAGGGCCUCCCUUUCCUCUGUCUGGGUGUUUUCAUCAUGGGUUGCUACCUAAAUUACAAUCCCUGAUGCCUUUAUAAUAACUGUAAAAACUAAUCUUAAGAUUCUUUUGAAGUGCUGACGUAACUGAAUCAUUCUGAAAGCACAAAAUUGCUUUUUCUCCAGUUUACAGAAUUGCAGACCACUAAUAUUUGUGGGCUGUUUGUUUACUGUAUUGGGAGAAUUAUGACCAGAUAUUAACAUUUGGAUAUGGGUGCUAAUUAGAGUGAUUCAUGUGCAUAGUCAAUGCAAUUGUCAAUAAAAGUACAGUCGGUCACUUAAUGACAUGUAUGAUCAUGAAAAAUACCACAUGCAAGAAGAUACAGUAGUUGUUUAAAACUGUCUUAACUUUCUAUGAUUUGAUUGUUAAUUGUAUUACAUUCCUGUGUGAAUCUGUAAAUAAUAUAUUUCAAAAUGUUUCAAUUUUAACUUAUGGCAAUGUUACCCUUUAAUUUGCUUUGUCAGUUUAUUAUUGUAAUGGUCCCUUGGCUUUGUACUGUAUAUAGGCUAGAGAUUAAGAAAUGUGCCUCAUGCAAGAAAUAUCCCUUUUCUAGGACUAUAGAAAUAUGCAUGGGAAGCGAAGCCAAAUGUCUUAGGAAAAUGUUGGAAUUGAAAAUAAAGAAAAGUGUAUGUGUUGAAA